UGGAGGCUGAGAGUUAAACCAACCUGAACAUCAUGAAUUUAGCGUGAACCAUGGACCCCAAAAAAAGAAGAAGAAAAAAGGGAAAUGAUGGCGAUUGUCCAUUGAAAUCCUAAAAAAUUUCGGUAGUAUUGUUUGCAGAGACGACGCGUUUCCCCCCCCCUAAAUCUCCAACCUGCCGCCGAUGGCAGAUUUCUCUGGUAGCUAUCAAGCAAACUGUCAUCGUUCCUGGCUGCCCCCCUCCCCCUGCCCUCCCCCCAGAUUAUCGUUUGCUAGCCGGAUGUAAAUCAAAUACUCUUUAAAACUCGAUUCUUUAAACCCCGGGACCGAAGUUUGCUUUUUGUGUAUCGUGUUCGGGCAAUUCACAAGUGUUGACUUGCGGAUAUUUUAUUAUGGCAGACAGUAUCUUGAGCAAGGCUGCAACCAUGGAGAUCCCCAUUAAUAACAAUGGAGAGCCAGGGACCCUUCCAGAGGAUGACAGCUUGGAGCAGGACCUGCAGCAGGUAAUGGUGUCCGGGCCCAACCUCAAUGAAACCAGCAUUGUCUCAGGGGGUUAUGGAGGACCAGCAGGGGGCAUUAUUCCAACCAGUUCCAUCAAAGACCUCCGCAUGAAAUCCCGGGGUGUUAACAUCCCUCAAAGCCAGUCUGCAAGCCGAAUUACCAAACAAGCAGACCAGCAUCCAGGGUCUAUGCACCACAGCGCCAGUAGCUCUGCUUUAGCGGCCGAGGAGGUCUCCCGUGGCGUGGCAGUGGAGAAAUUAGACAGUGUUAAGAAAUGGGGCAUCAACACCUACAAGUGCACCAAGCAGCUGUUCUCGGAGCGGUUUGGCCGAGGCUCACGGACCGUAGACUUGGAACUGGAGGCUCAGAUUGACGUGCUGAGAGAAACCAAGCACAAGUAUGAGAACAUUCUCAGACUGGCCACAGCACUCACCAGCCAUUUUCACAACAUGGUGGAGACACAACAGGCUCUAGGAGACACUUUUGCUGAUCUCAGCCAGAAGUCGCCAGAGCUGCAGGAUGAGUUUGGAUAUAAUGCAGAAACACAAAAGCUGUUGUGCAAGAACGGGGAGUCUCUCCUUGGAGCCAUUAACUUCUUUGUUUCAAGCAUCAACACGCUGGUCAACAAAACUAUGGAGGACACCCUGAUGACCAUUAAGCAGUAUGAGAAUGCAAGACUUGAGUUUGAUGCCUACCGCUCUGAUCUGGAAGAGCUGAGCCUGGGCCCAAGAGAUGCUGCUGCCAUGGUGCGGAUCGAGAUGGCCCAACAGGAGUACCAGAUUCACAGAGACAAAUAUGAAAGGCUGCGCAGUGAUGUCACCAUCAAACUCAAAUUCCUGGAGGAAAAUAAGGUGAAGGUGAUGCACAAGCAGCUGCUUCUCUUCCACAAUGCCAUCUCAGCUUACUUUGCUGGCAACCAGCAGCAGCUGGAACAAACUCUUAUACAGUUCAACGUAAAGUUAAAGCCCCCCGGAUCAGACAAGCCAUCCUGGCUGGAGGAACAGUAAAAGUUACUCAGGAUUCAGCUGUUUGGGGCGUAAAGGUACUAAGACAAACUGGUCAGUGAAGGAGCUGGCUAGCAGUGGAAUGAUGGUUGGUUGGACAAACGUUUAUGUUGGAUAAAGCAGAGGAUAUUGUAGGAUCAGUAGAGGUCAGUGAUGGUGGAAAAAACAUUAGACGUUGUCUUGUUUUUUCAACAUCACUUGUUUUUGCAUAGAUGGUACAACUAUGGCAAGUGUAUUUAGGAGUCUUUUGCUAAUUCACUUAAUGAUUUUUUUUAUUUCUUUCUUAUUUUAUGUAGCACAAUCAUUUACAUGUAUAUCACUCCAAUGUUAAUCUAUAGUAUACUAUUGUGGAGAAAUCCCCAAGCAGUUUUGCACAUGAAUUGAUUUAUUUGUUUAAUAAUGUUGUCUAAAUAAUUCUAUUUAAGAAUCCAGAGCAUAUUAAAUGGAUGGAAAAUCAUUGAUAUUCUUAACAUUAUCUUUACUCUCAGGCACAAUCCAGAAUUUAUUUGACCAUCAAAUUUUGACGUUUACACAAAUAUGUUCUUGAAAUGUUUGAAAUUUUAGUAACUUUAUCUGUGUAACUCAUAAGUGUAGGUCUGUUUUAACCAAGUGUUUACAAAGUUUACAACUGCAAAAAAGCCUCAGAAUACAAGUAAAAGUAAUGUUUAGCAGUCACAUAUCGCCAGUGUGUCCAUCAAUUGGUUAAAGGAUAUAUUUCAGGGUUGAAAAAUGUCUGAAAUCUAAUAAGUUAACCAGCAAACAGAACCAGAGAUCAGUUGAGAGUGCUUCAAACAAGGAGCAGCAUAUUAAAGUUACAGAUGAGUCAUUAGAGACAUCAGUUAUAUCAUAGGGCUUUUCCCCCCCAAAUAUAACAUAUUUCAAAAUGCAAAUGGGGAUAGAAAUUUGACAUACUUGCUAUAAUAAUGCCACAUAGAAUAUGAUGCAAAUUUCAGUGUCUCUUUAGGAUUAAAAAGUAAGAUACUUUUUACUUCAUUGUUAUCCUUUUUAUUGGAAAAAGGGCAUUCUUUUACAAAUUCCUUCAAAUUCUUAGUUACGCCUCUGUUUUGUGCCUUGUGUUCUGCAUUAGUGAUAAAGACAACAUUAUGUUACAGUGUGACCCAGAUAGCUAAACUGUUCAAAUACUAGAUCUGUCAGUUUGAUACAGUGGGUUUACACAGAUUGUAUCCUGGAGAAAAUGUACAGGAAAUUCACAAUGAACUUCUCUUAAGUAUGCAUUGGAUACAUGUAUGGCUCACUUGAUGUACAUGAAAAUACAGUCAGAUAUAUAUCAAAUUUUUUCCCGAGUUUGUAUUAUUUUUACUAUCAUCAAGUCACUAAUGCUUUACUCUUUGGUCAAGGAAAGGUUUAUUUUCAGGUUAUAAAAAGCCUUUUUGAUCACAGCUGUACAAGAAUCUC